AUGAAAGGAUGGUUAUUAAGUAGAGUUCCCUGGUUAUUGCUAAAUUUCGAUAAUCCUUGGGAGCUACCACAUCUUGAAGUCGUUGCUGAUAUUCAAUUCAGUGAAUCAGUUAGUAUGUAUACUGAUGAAGAGGGUCGAGAACGAUAUCUUUGGGAAAGCAAUGAUGUAGUAAAAGCUGUUGCUUACGACAUUCCUAUUUAUG